ACGGACGGAUGGAGUGAAAAUACUCAAGUCCAACGCUGCGCGAGCCAUCUUGAGACGGCUAUGCAGUGCGGGGAUGUCGAUGGCGCGAGUCAUCAUGUUGAGAUGGGUUCGUAUUUAGGUGGAGCGGUCCACCGCUGUUGGGGACGUUGUUCCCAUCGAUCCAGAGAAUGAGGUUCGUGCUAGGAACGUCACAUCAUCGAGACAUCCUUUGAUAGGAGCGUGCGAAUUUGGAGAUGGCUAUUAUCACGACCACCACCACGGUGAAGAGCGAGAAGCAGCUCGGAGCGCGAGCCUUGACGGGCACCUUCGACUGGAAGGAUGUCCUCAUCCCCCGCGAUGCCGGCACCGGUGUGACCAAAUGGUACUACCAGCGCCGCACCAUCUACCAGUACGCCCUGGUGGCGGGCCUGGGUCUUCUGACCUUCUACAAUUCGGAGAACCCUCGCAUGCGCGCGGCGGCGCUCGGCGUCCUCUUCCCCGGCGCCGGUUUCAUCGCUGUCGGAACGAUCUGGUCCGUCCUCGCCUUCAUCGUGUCCACCGCGCUGCUCCCGCUCCUCCUCUUCGCGUGGUUCGCGUCCGGCGGCGUCAGUCUGCCGCUGGCUCUGUACCUGGGAGACAUCCUCCUCGCCGCCGCCAUGGCUGGCAAGCCCGUGCUGGAGCUGGCGGCACCCCUCUGGGUGACCAUCGUGGCGGUCGGCAUCUCGGUCAUCACCUUCCGCACCCUGAACGCCAACAACGAGGCCCGCGAGCGAGGCAAGAAGCGGAACGAGUACCUGAUCUCGACCGUCCAGGAGAUUCAGCAGCAGGGUGUGUCUUCCCAGGCCGCUCCCGGGACUCGGGAGAUGGACCUCGACACUCUGCGAUUCCUGCAGUGGACGCUGGAGAUGGGCCUUGCUCCUCGGGACGACUGGUCCUACCAUGAUGUGAUUGAUCAGUUCCAGACCUCCGCCAUCCGCUACCAGUUGUACGGUGGUGGCUGGGAUCUGGCCCUCUAUCAGUCCAUCUACGCCCCCAACUUCCACGGCUACCUGUCCCUGGCACAGCGGAACCUCAUCGAGAAGUCCCUGACCAAGAAGGUCAUGAACUUCUGGCAGUGGGAGAGCCUCUUCGGCAAGUUCAAGACCAUGGACAUCGACCCCAUCCGCAAGGACAACAUCAUGGUGUCCGGAUAUAUCCUUUUGUCGUGCGCUCUCUACCAAGCCAACACGGGCGACAACCGCUACACCAAGCCCGGCAGCCUCGCGUUCGAGGUCACCCACAACGACGUCUACAAGUACGACAUCCAGAGCGUCGCCGAGCUCGUCUUCUUCAACAUGGACCAGAACCCGUACACCCUAUACCCCUGCGAGCCCAACUGGGUCUACGCCAUCUGCAACCUCAUCGGCGUUAUCGGUCUCCAGGCCUCCGACCGCGUUCUCGGCAACAAGUUCGCCGAUCGUAUUCGGGAACGGUUCGAGUCGGCUCUCGAGCGCGAGUUCAGCAACGCCGACGGCACCAUCCUCCCCAUCCGCAGCGAGCUGACCGGCUUCACCAUCCCCGGCCUCGCCGGCACCAUCUCCGACGCCAGCGUGUGUAUGCAGGGCUCGCCGUACAUCCCCGCCAUCGCUCACCGCAACUGGGCCUUCAUCAAGCGUGAGAACCUCAAGUACAACAAGGACGGCAAGCUGGAGCUCGUCGGCCUCAUCGGUGCGGACAAACUCGACCCCGGCAACUACAAGGAGGGUGUCGGAGCCAUCCGCGCCAACCUUGCCGCCGUGGCCGCCGAGUUCGGUGACGCGCAGAUCGCCCACGAUCUAGUCAAGCAGGUCGAUGAGGAGUACCAUCCCGUCAAGGAGACCAAGAGCGGCUCCCGCAAGAACCAGGGUCUGUCCACCAUCCUCCACGGUUCCACCCUCCGCGCUCGCAUGUCCGGUUUCCAGGAUUGGUCCAACCUCGUCGGCAAGGGUAUUCCGGAGAUCACCCGCAGCGGCCCUAUCCUCGAGGAGGUUACGUUCCCCGACGUCCUAGUCGCCAAGGCGUACUCCGUGGACGGCGAGUCCGUCGACCUGGUCCUCUACGACGGCAAGGCCCCGGGUCGCUUCCAGCUCGGCUUCACGCAGCUCCGCCCCGGCGCCACGUACUCGCUGGGAAAGCAGACCGCGACCGCCGACGAGGAGGGCCACGCCAGCUUUGAGCUGGAGAUCCGCGGCCGCACGGCCGUGAAGCUGGAGCCCGUCGCGUAAAAGCGCGGUGUUCUGGCAAUGCGGAGUUUCACAGGGAUGCAUUUCUGUUCUUUGUCGUAUGCGGCCUUGGUUUCUGCGGCAUCCC